AUGGCUGAUUGGUCUAUGUUGCCUAAUGAUCUUCUCGAUGCAAUUGCUCUGAAAUUAGAUUCAAUUGAGGAUUUAAUAUGUUUCUCCGCGGUAUGUCGUUCAUGGAAUGAUGUUUUCAUCAUGGUUAAGCGAAAGUGGAUGCCAACCACACCUUGGUUACUACUAGCCGAGCAAGAGCAUGAGCACGAGCACGAUCACGAUCACGAUCACAAUCACAAUCACGAGCACGAACACAAGGUUUGUUCGGGUUGUAGGAAAAUCUUUGACAUUCGCAAAAAUAAGUGUUUAGAAUUGAAUAUAUCACAAGCCUCUAGGAGGCGGUGUUGGGGUUCGAGGUAUGGAUGGAUUGUGAUGAUAGGCGGCUACGACGACAAGCAAGUCUCGUUAUUUAAUCCAAUCACUAAAGGUCAACUUAGCCUACCAUCCCUUGAAUCAGGACUCGGUGAAUGUGCUACUAAAGUGCGCAAGGCAUUUGUAAUAAAAAUUGACGAAGAUGACUUUGUUGUAAUGGUGACCAAUAAUCAUCACCAAUUAUCAUUGGCUCGACCUGGAGAUAAAACAUGGACAAAGGUUAUAACAAUCAGCGGCGAAAAAGCUCAUGUUCUUGAUGUGUUGUCCUGGAAGGGAUUAGUGUUGAUCAUGCACAGUUAUAGAUAUCUCACUUGUUGUGAUGUUAGCACAAUUCGUAACUUUAGCCCAUCUCAACCUGUUUAUGCCAAUAAGCCUUAUGGUCUCAUUACUUUCCCUUUGGACAUCGACGGUAGUUCGAGUAUUUGUCAAGACUGCUAUAUGGUUGAGUUAGCCGGUGAUUUUUUAUUAGUAGUACGAAAUAAGUUUACAAUUUGGUACCGCAAUUUUGGUCUGGGUCAUGACGAACAUGAAGCAACACCUUGUUUCACUCGUGAUUUUAAGGUCUAUAAGUUGAGUUAUUUGGGAGAAAUCAGGCCUAAGACUAGAUCUGAUUAUAGACACGUGAGGAUUUUGUCCAAUGUUAAAGAUUUAGGUGAUUAUAUGGUAUUCGUUAGUAAUAACUCUGCCAUGAGUGUUCAUAAAUCAAAGCUCCCUAAUUGUCAACAUAAUGUUAUUUACUUUACCGGUGAUGAAGAACAACACAUGAGUAUGUUUGACAUGGCGUCCAGAAAGAUCAAGCGGUUUUACCCAGGCAACGAUACCAUGUCUAGGGUUUUUGCUCCUACAUUGUUUAUGCCCAAAUUUUAA